UCGAGAUUGGAGAUGUGGUCGAAAUCACGCGUGCACAGAAAUACGUCGGUGAGCGCGGUGAAAUCAUGUCGGACGUUUACAAGGACGCGAAGAACGUGCCACGGGUGAAAGUCGAGUUGAAGUACAUUGCCGGAAUGGUUUUGUCGGAACCGAAGGGAAUCGCGUUCCAGGUCGCGCACCUGGACUUGGUGUACAGCAGCAAGAAGGCGACCGAAAUCCAGUUAGAGUUCGAACAGGACGCGAAGAAAGUGUUGGCGCACAAGAAGCGCUUUUGUGUGGGGGAC